AGUCAAGUCGUCGGCCUCUUGGCUUGGAAAAGCUUCGUGAUAGUGCCUUUGUCUCUCUCUCUCUCUCUGCAAUGGCGAAGUGGACGCAACAACAAGCUUACAUCUCCGUUCCCUCUCAGAUAAUCACCUCUCUAUCCUCUUCCUCUCUCCAGUCCCUGCUUCUCUCUCCUAAGAAGUCCUCCAUGACCAAGCGUAGUUUCCUCAAGAACCCUAGGUUUUGGCUCUUCUCUCUCUUUCUCUGCGCCUUUCUCGGGAUGCUCAUGCUGUGGCCCAAACUCGAUCUUGUUGCCCCGUGUUCGGCCUCGUCAAAUGGCUUUUCGAGUUCGCAGCUUGCCGUUGCGGCAAAGAGUGAAAACCAUGUCGUUGAGGAACGAGAAGAAGAACAGGAGGAGAGUGAGUUCUGGGAGCAGCCGGAUGGGUUGGGGUACAGGCCGUGUUUGGAUUUCAGCAAGGAGUACAGAAAAUGGAGCGGCGAGAUUGUGAAGGAUAGAACGCGGUAUCUGAUGGUGGUGGUCUCGGGCGGGAUGAACCAGCAGAGGAAUCAGAUUGUUGACGCUGUGGUGAUCGCCAGAAUUCUUGGGGCUGCUCUGGUUGUUCCCGUCUUGCAAGUCAACGUCGUUUGGGGCGAUGAAAGUGAAUUUUCAGAUAUAUUUGAUUUGGAUCACUUCAAGAAAGUGCUUGCCGAUGAUGUGCGCAUAGUUUCAUCACUGCCAUCCACACACUUGAUGUCAAGGCCGGUAGAGGAGAAACGGGUGCCAUUCAAUGUCACCCCUCAAUGGAUUCGAGCUCAUUACCUUAGACGGCUUAGGAGAGACGGGGUUCUGCUCUUACGUGGUUUGGAUUCAAGACUUUCUAAAGAUCUCCCAUCUGAUCUUCAGAAGCUUAGGUGCAAGGUUGCGUUUCAGGCACUGAGGUUUGCCCCACCAAUCUUAGACUUUGGUAACAAGCUCACGGAGAGGAUGCGGAGCAAAGGUCCUUAUGUUGCUCUUCAUCUACGAAUGGAGAAGGAUGUGUGGGUGAGGACGGGUUGUGUUCCCGGUUUGAGUCACAAGUAUGAUGAGAUGGUAAUGAAUGAGAGGAAGCUACGGCCUGAACUCUUAACUUCAAAAUCAAACAUGAGUUACCAUGAUAGAAAGCUCGCAGGGCUCUGCCCCUUGAAUGCACAAGAAGUUACAAGACUGCUUAAGGCCUUGGGAGCUCCGAAGAGCUCAAGAAUAUACUGGGCUGGUGGUAAACCAUUGGGAGGGAAAGAAGCCUUGCUACCGCUAAUGACUGAAUUUCCUCAUUUGUACAACAAGGAAGAUCUUGCCUUGCCCGGGGAACUCGAGCCAUUUGCAAACAAAGCUUCCUUUAUGGCUGCCCUUGACUUCAUCGUAGCCGAGAACAGUGAUGUUUUCAUGCCGUCUCAUGGUGGAAACAUGGGCCAUGCAAUCCAGGGACAUCGAGCCUACGCUGGGCACAAGAAGUACAUAACCCCGAACAAAAGACAGAUGCUCCCAUACUUCAUGAGUGAUUCUCUCCCGGAAUCAGAGUUCAACCAGAUUAUAAGGGACUUGCACCGGGAAGCCUUUGGGCAGCCGGAUCUCAGGACCAGCAAAGCUGGAAGGGAUGUUACCAAGUUUCCCAUCCCUGAAUGUAUGUGCAAUGAUCGGAAUAGACGGAAUACCUCAUGAUUCAACUCCGAUGGUCUUCCCUUUGGAUGAGAUGAUGUUAGAACAGCUUUCCAUGAGGAAACCAGUUCGAGGUUGAGCUUGAGCUUGUUCUUGUUGAGAGCAGAAAGUCCUCCUAUCUCUGGAAAUGCUUCCGGGGCCGGAGCCAGUUUUGCAGGUUUAGACUCCAUCAUAUACCCUGUGCAAGUGAAAAUUAUUUUAUAGAUUCAUUUAUUGGUUCUUUAGAUGGGGAGGGAGGGGGAUUCUGGACAGGAAUUUUAGAGAUUGUUUCCAUGUUUUUGAUUCAUUCUUUAUAAUGCUGAGCAGCCAAAAAAAUUCAGUUGGUAUAUAUACACAUGCAAAUGCAAGUGUAAAUAUUUUCCUCUUAUGAAUUUCUACUUUUUGGAGCGUUGUUAUCUCCAUUCUCAAUUGGUUUGGGUUGCUUUAAUUUCCACACAUCCUUGUAAAUCUGAUAGAAUUUGAUUUUUUCUAUGUUUAAACUCAUUCUUUGCACUGUUGUUGUGCUGUGAGAUGAGACCCAAUUAAAUGUGUAGAUGCAAACUGAACUUUAAGAGUAUUCUCAUCUCUAUUCUUCUUGA